GACUCUCGUGCUUCUUCACGCGCGGCUCCAAAUUGCAUUUCUUGGCGGAAUUGGCGGCAUCCUAAGGAGCAGAGGACAUGUCGGGUGGACGCUUGAAUCAUCAGCAUGCCGCGUAUGCCUGGCGGCGGGAGCAGGAGCACAAUCGAGUGCAGGCGACGGAGCAGGUGAAUCGUUAUUACGACCAUUGGGGUCAGGUAACGUCACGCUUUGAGAACUGGACCAAUCAGGCGUAUUACGACAAGGCCGACAAGAAGCUGCAGCAGCGCAAGAGUCAGCAGCAAAAGGAGCAGGAGUUGGACGAUCGUCGGGCAAAGCUGCGUGAGCUGCUGGAUGGAGAUAAUUAUAUCUACGAUCUGGAGCUGGGACGCAAGCGUCGGCCGCGUGAGGCCGCUGGUCACGAUCUGAAAACCCUGCAGCGUAUCAAUCAAUCGCUCAAGGAACAGGAUCAGCUCAAGCGUAAGCUGGAAAUGGAGGCCAAGCUAUACGGCCGUUGGCGUCACGGCGUGGACGAUGAGAAGUUGCUGUACAAGUCGAAGUCGGACAACGAGGUGCUGGCCAAGCUCAACUGGCUAGACAAGCAGAUAGAGCAGCAGCAGAAGCGUGAACAGCGCGAGGCGCUGGCCGCCGAACGGCAGCUGUUGCUCCAGCAAGAGAUCAGUCGUACCGAGCAGGCGCAGAAAGAGCGUCAGCUGAUACGCGAGCAGGAGAUCAAGGAUAUUUGCGCGCUGCAGGAGUCACAUGUGACGGAGCUCAAGCUGCGCCAGGAGCAGGCGGACAAACUAAAGCAGGAAGAGCAACAUUUCCGUCUCUUUCUCACCGAACUGGAAAAAGAGAAACAACUGCUGGAGGAAUCGACGGCUCUUAUGCUGCAGCAGCCGGAUGUCAGUCAGGCCUACAAUCUGAAGAAGAUCAAGAUCUUCAUACGCAAUCGCAGCGAGGCCUAUCGCAAGCAGAUCUCCCUAUGCAUUAAUCUGCUCGAGCGCAUGGCCAAGUAUGCGGUCAAGACGGAGCAGCUGCAGCAGCUGCUCGACAAGUGCAAGGAGCAGCUGGAUGCCGAAACUUUAGCUGCCAGUCAAAUUGACGCCAUGUACGAAUCGGACGCCAAAUACAGUCUGCAGCAAUGCGAGGACGAUUGGCGUGAACAGCAUUUGAAGCGCUUUGGCGACAUCAACUUGCUGAUCGAACAGGAGCAGCAGCUGCUCAGCGCCAUGCUGCGCGAGAAUCUGAACGAGCAGGAAUCUAUUGUGGAACUGCGCGCUACACAUCUGGCGGGCAUUGAACAGACCACCAAACAGUUGGAGCAACUUAACAAGGAGCAGGAACUGUCCUCGCCGCGUGCGCUAUGCGCCAUCGAAGCUCAACCAUGUGAUUAUCCAGAGCAGCCGCAGGCCACGCUCAGUAGUCAGGCUGAACUGAACGAAACCAAUGAGCUGUUGCCCAAGGUUAGCGAUUCGUUCACCAAUCUCAAUUUGGAUGUCUGGCAGGAUAUGCCGCCGGUUCGUGGCGGCAUCGAUUCGCCACGCCUCAAUAAUACACGCUCCAUGAGUGUUGUCGAUCCACAGACGGCUGUGCCGCCAAAAUUUGCACGCAAACGUGUUGUCUGGACCUAAGGUUCGAACUUCAAACCCACUAAAAUUUUAAAUGUAUUAUUAACCUAGAUUAUCAAUGUUUUAACUAUAAUUGAUUUAUAUUACAAUUGUUUGUGUGUGUGUGUGCGUGUGUGUGUGUGUGUGUGUGUGUGUGUGCGCGGAUAUGUGUGUGUUGUUGUCUAUCUGUGUAUGUGUGCUUUAUGUAAACUGCGUCUAAAAUACGCUCGCUCUCUACAUGUAUUCGUAACCGACUGAUAAUACUAAAAGAUAAACUAACAAUAAACU